GCCAUUGGAAGACAUACAUACUAGUUUUGCUACCAUGGCUUGUAAUAAGGUGAUCGCGGCUGCAGCUGCAACUGCCCUAAUACUGUCGUUCCUUUUGCCGUCUUCAGAUGCCAGGGGCAUGUGCCCGUUGUUCCGCAGCAUUGUCCCGGAUUGCCAUGACGACGCAAUGCGUUGCCUAGCUCGGUGCCAAGAUCAAGGCUACGUGGGCGGAUUCUGCACCACCGAACAGAUCUGCAUGUGCGCGCAGUGCAGGUUAGCAGAUUACUACUAUCAGCUGGGACCGUCGCCGUCGCCGUCGCCAUCGCCGGAGCCAUCGCCGGAGCCAAGGGCCGCAUGAACGAACGUAGAGGAUCGAGUUUAUGCAUGUACUGUACCGUCAGGAAAGGGGUUUAAUCUGUGGUGUGUGCAGUGGUUGUGUAUUUUAAUUGUCAGAAUAAAUGUUG